AGGCUCGAGUUUGAGUACGUCGUGUUUCCUUGCCAUUCAAUUGGCAUUGACGAGUCAAACCUGAGCCAUGGCAAAGACCCUGGCAUUGAUCCUGCUGUCCGCGAGGAGCUUGGCAGAUCAAACAGAGACACCGACAGUGCCUGUCUUGUCAGCCGACCCUUGGGCCAAUGUGCGGCGAGUUCUUGAGCUUCAGCCCUUCAUUCGAGAUGUGGCCUUGGUCGUGGGUGAUGGAAAUGGACGUCUCUUCCACCAAACGAAGGGUGACAUGACCUUGGACCGGGAGUUGUGGGUUGCAUCAUCCUCAAAGAUGGUGUUUGUGGUCAGGGCGAUGCAAGAGGUGGAGAAGGGUACGAUUAGACUCGACGACCCCGUGAACAAAUACCUUGAUUACUGGACGACAGACAGCAAUGACCCCAGAUCCAGAGUGACCUUGUUCCACUUGCUCAGCUUUCAAUCUGGCUACACUUUUGGUCUCAGCAAAUUGGACUCUUGCUGGCUGAAGCCUUGGUCCAACUUCAGCACUUGUGUCGAGCGGCUGUAUCACAAGUUUCCUCUAAGCGCGGAGCCUGGUACUGUUUGGGACUACAAUGAGUUCCACAAUCAGGUUGCAGCUGCAGUUUUGGAGAAGGCUUUAGGAAUCAAGCUGCAAACUUUCCUGUCACAGGACUUGCGAGACUGGAACAUGACCCAUAGUCGAUACUCUGAUCAUUUUGGCCCUGGGGGUCCAGAUGUGAGCGGAGAUCUUGUCACAAGUGCGGAAGACUACGAGCAAUUCAUGGUGCGAUACUUCGGAGGCCGUUUGGUGUCAAACAAGACAGCUGCAUUCAUGGAAGAGGAUCACAUGCCAAAGCGCUGCUCUUUGCCUUCCUUGCCAAUGGUCAUGCCACAAGGGCACUAUGGCAUUGGAAAUUGGUGGUUAUGUCCCAAUGUGUAUCCGGCUCUGCAUGGCACGAAGCUCGGCCCGCUACCGCAAAGAUGCCGUGAUGCACAGGUGCAUUCCGACCAAGGAAUUUUUGGCUUUUGGCCAGUGUGGGAUCGACGGCUGGGCUACUGGAUGUUGUUUGCCGUGGGGGGGAUCCCAGUCAUUUCAGAUGGAAAGUCUGAGCUCCUACAGCUGAGUUUGAAGCCAUUUAUUGACAAAGCUGUGAACUCUUUGAGAUCGGGGCCAUCAGCUGAUUGGGCUGAUUUAGCUGACUCACCUAGCUCCAUUGACUGGGAACAGCUGGCGGCAAAAUUCCACAGCCAGCUGCCAGCACCUGUUCUGGUGUAGUGUGGUAAGUCGCGUACACAACUCUCCGGGGUGAUGCAAAAGUGGCCCUUGGCG